UACCGCAACGGUUCUCCAGACGCGCUGACAGCCGGUAAGCAUGGCGAAGUGAAUUCUUCGGGCUGUGCACAUCAUUUUUCGUCAGAAAUUCACCACCGCCACAGAGAGAUUUUGUGAAAUGAAACAGCGGAAAGUUGAUUCAUGAGUCAGAUGCUGAGCACCGAAGCAAGGAUCACCGCACAUUAUUCAUCGAGCAGGUAACACGGAAGAAUCGAGGGAAUAGAGAGACAGAAAAGAGUGAUGUCCAGCACUAUUGGUGACAUCCGGAAGAGCUUCGGGAGCUGGUGAAGAGUGUAGUUAACUGUUUGUGUCGUCCCCAAAGAACACGCCGAGAGUCUGAGACAUCGUGAGGCGUAAUUGUAGAUCCCAAUUGUGUGCCGAGAUUGCCAAGUGUGUGCGUACGGCAUGAUGUACUCCACCCGGAAUGAGAUCGUGUUGGAGUUGAAGGGCGAUCCGCAGGAGCAGAGAGGCGCCGGCCAGAGGCAGAACCGCCCUAACGGGGCGCAGGCGAAGCGUCGCAAUGUGUCUAAUGAGCACAAUAUGGCCAAUGGUGGAAACAAGAGAAGGUUUCAGUGCAAUCCGAGCAACGCACCAAAUCGUCGUGGAUAUCAGAAUCGCCAUCAAGACUUGUCGCCUGUGAUUGAGAUCUCAGUAGACGAGAGGAAUAACAAAAGGGCGAGCUACGCAGGCACGGGACGUCAGCAGGGCAGUUCAGGCGCGCGAGUGCCCACGGAGGCGACCAGGGACGAGCAGAUGCAGACGCCCAAGUUCCACCACCAGCAGCACUACAACAGGGGUCAGUAUCACGGCCGCGGGCCACACUAUCAGCACAGAGAUGGCGGCAGAGGCCCCAGCAGGGCCACGGCGGAGCACAGGCUGCACUGCAAUGGCUGGGGAUCGUGCACGUGUGUAUUCCCGAAGCCGCAGUGGAGUGGUCAGCAGCAGGACUACUCGAGGGCGCACAAUCGAUAUGCCGAUCAGCAGAUCAACAACAGUCGAUCGCCCACGCCGAGUCUCAAGUCUGAGAGUCCGCCCGCAAUGACGCCCACUCUCAAUUCGCCCAUCCUGCCCAACGCGCUAGAGCUCACCCAACUGAUGACCAUCUCCAAGGAGGCGCAGCUGCCCAGCCGCAAUGGCUACGAGUCGGAUUGCUCGCAACAAGUCCAGGCAUUUGUUCCCACCAAUGACUUCUUCUUCGAUUUCUCCUCAAACUCCUACCAAUUGGGUGAUGUGAUGCAGCACCCCAUGCGGUGUGUGACCAGCAGCCAGAGCUCGCUGAGCAGCGGCAACACGGAUGAGUCGUCGUCCACUUCAGCGGGCUACACGUACGAAUUGAUGCCGUACGUCAAUCACAAUGGCUCGUACAACUACAUCUUCCCCGAGCCCACGCCGCUGAUCAACCACGAGAUGGACGGAUAUCUGCGGAAGAAGUUCUCUGGCUUGGUGUCACCGCCGGAGAAUCGUCGCGGUGUCAAUUCAGGGAUGCAGCAUCGACGGAAGCGCUUUGUAGAGACACCACCGGAUCACUUUAUUGCUCGUGCGCACUUGGUGAUGACCAAGACGAUGCCGAAGGCUCUCCUGACAGGCGGACAGUGGGACAAUCUGUCGCAGAUGGUGUGGAAUCGAUUCAUGGUGGCGCAGCAGUCAGAGGAGACGUACGUGAAGAAGAUGAACCUGUGGAAGAGCCUCUUCAUUGACAUUCGCACAGCAUAUCCCAGCGUUGGCCUGUACCUCGUGGGCUCCACCAUGACGGGCUUCGGAGCGGACGCAUCGGAUGUGGACAUGUGCCUCGUGGCGAAGAGCAGAAUUGAUAUGGAGCCACGAAUGGAGGCGAUUGUCACUUUGUCGGGACUUCAGAAUUUUUUGGCCAUGAACAAAAAAUACGAAAUGUUCCAUCUGAUUGAAGCUAAAGUACCAAUCCUGCGCUUCCGUGAUGCAGAGAAUCACAUCGAGGUGGACUUGAACUACAACAAUUGCGUUGGCAUUCGCAACACUAACUUGUUGUACUGGUAUUCAAACAUGGAUUGGCGCGUCCGACCGCUGGUUUUGGUGGUGAAGAUGUGGGCUCAGCAUCACUGCAUAAACAACGCGAAGAAUUCCACCAUCUCGAGCUACUCCUUAGUCCUCAUGGUGAUCCACUUCCUGCAAGUUGGAGUGAAUCCCAUCAUUCUGCCGUGCCUCCAUGACAUGCAUCCGGAAAAAUUCAAUGUGACUCGCGAUCUUCGGACGAUAAACAUCAAUGAGCAGAUGAAGUCAUUCAUUUCGGCCAAUCAGCAGACACUCGGGGAGCUCUUCUUGCAAUUUCUGCGCUACUACAGCACAUUCGAUUAUUCUCAAUAUGCAAUAUCUGUGCGAACGGCAUCGUGCUUAUCGAUUGACUUCUGUCGGAUGCAGCGAAGUCCCAAGAAUGAUCCGCAUCAGUGGAAGCAUUUGUGCAUUGAGGAGCCCUUUGAUCUCACCAACACGGCGCGCUCGGUGUACGAUAGUGAUGUGUUUGAGAAGAUCAAGUUCAUUUUUCUGCUGUCUUGGCGAACACUGGAGGCAACAAUGGAUCUCAAUGCCAUCUUUAAGCCACUCUACGGCUACCCAUUUCACUCCAUGAUCAACCAAUAAGGGUCGUGAGGGUGUUUUCUCCGAUGGGAAGAAGGAGAAGAAGACUGACCACCACAAAAUGUCACUGAGCUAUGCAUCUCCCAUACGCAAAGAUAAACAAAAAAUGGGUUCAGGUGAGAAAAUGGGGGAGUGGAGGAAGAUGAGCUCAAGGAAGAAGAAAAAAACGUAAACAUUCAGUAUUUCUCAUUGGCGAUAGCGAUAGAAGACAGAGGAGAUGAAGAGAGGAGGGAGCAAAUUCAGAGGAAGUUCUCCAUUUUGAGAGGGAGAAAUUGAAGAUUGAAUCAGAAAUGCUGAGAGAAAUUGAUAAAUUGUUAGGCUCAACUAGUCGCAAAGCGCCAAACUUAGUAUUUUCUUAUUGUCACACGAAUCGAGCGAAAAAGAGAGAGUUUUUUGUUCUCAUAAAAGGAGGGCAGAAGAAGAAAUCGAGAUAUUGUAGUGUAAAUGUUUCUGUGAAACUCUAUAAUAAGACGAUAGAGAAGACUUUGUAAGUUAGUAGUAUUAUAAGUUCGUAUAAGCGAAAAAAGAACAUUGAGUGUAGUUGAGGUGCCUUUUCACGAAAUUUAUCAUCAAAAUUUUUUCAAUAUUUAACGCUGAAUAUCAACUAUUGGAAAGCGCACGUGAAGGCACUUUGAUAGAAAAAGAGACAAAGGCUGUGAUUAGCAGUUUUGAACGGAGAUAUUACUAAUAUUAUUAUGUGAAUGGGAACAAAGAGCGAGGAAAAAAUCCAUAAGUCAUGGUUUCUAUGAGUAAAACAUUGAGCUUUCAUUGUAGAGAAAA